UGUUCACUAGAAGCCAAAAAAACAAUGGCUCCCAAGAAGCAAAAGAUGGAAGAAAACCAGCAAGAUACAAGAGGCUUUUUCACAAAGCAAGAUAUGAAUUCAACUAAGGUGAAGAAAGAAAGGAAGGAAGAUGAUGAAACUUCAACGGAUGACCAUCUUCAUCGCUUCGGCGUCAAAUUUGGUUCGGAUCCCCAGAAAUACACCACUGACUGUGAAAAACCAUGCACUGUACUUGAGGUGAUAAAAUCAAAGCAUUUCACAAAUUAUCAAAAAGAAAUAGAGAAACCAGGGGAGAAAAAGAGGUUAGAAGAAAAUGUCAUCAUAAAGGUGGGUGAAGGGAACGAUUCCUACAUUGUUGCAACACAUUUCCCUUGUUCUUGUUUACCACCCAAAAUGUGUCUGACAAUAUCUACAUCAAAUAAUGUCAUAGAGAAAAAGCAGCAACAGGUCAGAGUUCUCCCAAGAGAAAAAUAUUCUGUUUUCUUCAUAGAUAAAGAAGGAGGGAAGGACAGCAAAUCCAAAACUGAUAUGAUAUUUAGAUGUAAGAAUAUUCAGCAGCAGUUUAGGUAUUUCUGUGUUUAUGGGACAAAAGGGAUGACAGUGGAGGAAGCUUUAAGACGGGAUGGUCGCUUUCUUGAUGGCCUCACAAACUUCACAUUGUCUGAUAACAGGACUGGAGACGUUACAAACUGUACAGAAAUAGUUGACAACCUAGAUGGGAGGAAAUUCCAGAUACGUCUUCCAAGGAAGGGGAAAACAAAAGCAACAAAUCCAUCACAAGUAGUUCAAGAGCAAGACUCGACACAACAGACCAGCCAGGAGGAGGAAAAUGCUUCUGCAUCACCCAAAGUACAGAACAUUGAAGUUACAAAGGUUCUAGAGAAUGCAGCAAAGAAUGGUGUCAGUGUAAAGGCAUCAAUAGAAGAAUUAAAUAUUCAAAUUGACCUUAAUGAGAUCAAUGACCUUCUGCGGAAGCAGUUCCCAAAACUGAAAGCAUGGAUGGAGAGUAGAUUUCCUGGCCGUUCCUUUGAGAAAACCCUGAAACUGAAACGGGAGAACUUUGGAAAGAUCCAGAAUUCCUUUAGUGAAGUUCACACUGUGAGAGGGUUGCUGGACCUCAGCAAGUCCAUUUGUCUUCUGAUGAUGGAGGAGAAGAAUAAUUCAGGUUUAACUGAGUUAAAGAAAACUGUGCAUGUAGUCCGCACUCUCCAGUAG